GCGGGGUGGGCGGGCUUAGCGCUGAUUGGUCGGGGUGAGUCCUUCCGCCGGAAGCGGCGCCAGAGGGGAGAGGGAAGGCGGCGGAACCGGCGGGGCGGCCGUAGCCAUAGCCAUGAACAUCCGAAAUGCGCGGCCCGAGGACCUGAUGAACAUGCAACACUGCAACCUGCUCUGCCUGCCCGAGAAUUACCAGAUGAAAUAUUAUUUUUACCAUGGUCUCUCCUGGCCUCAGCUCUCCUACAUCGCUGAAGAUGAGAACGGGAAGAUCGUGGGUUACGUCCUGGCUAAGAUGGAGGAGGACCCUGAUGACGUCCCUCACGGGCACAUCACAUCCUUGGCAGUGAAGAGAUCCCACCGGCGCUUGGGGUUGGCGCAGAAGCUGAUGGACCAGGCGUCCCGUGCCAUGAUCGAAAACUUCAACGCCAAGUACGUCUCCCUCCAUGUCCGCAAGAGCAACCGGGCAGCUCUGCAUCUCUACUCUAACACUCUCAACUUCCAGAUCAGUGAGGUGGAGCCCAAAUACUACGCGGACGGGGAGGAUGCCUACGCCAUGAAGCGGGACCUCACCCAAAUGGCAGAUGAGCUGCGGAAGCAGGUGGAGCAGAAGGAGCGUGGCCGCCCCCCAGCUCCCACCGAGCCUCCCCGGGGUGGGGAGGGGGUUUGCGGAAGCGGGGGAGCCCCCCUGCAACCUCCAGCAGUACCUCCCCCUCCUGAAGACGGGGGGGCUGACAGCAAAGACCUCAGCGAGGUGAGCGAAACCACCGAGAGCACCGACAUCAAAGACAGCUCCGAGGCUUCCGACUCCGCUUCAUAGGGGCCCCCCCGAAUUUGGGAGCCCCCCACCACCACCCUGAGACCCCCCAGACUC